AACGUUGAACAAUACUUUACGCCAUUAGAAAAUCCUAUUUGUCUGUUUCUGCAAUAAAUUUAUUUUGCAGUUAAACAGUUGAAUUGUUUAUUUUUAUACAUUUUUGUCAUAUAUGUUCUAUAAAACAAUUUAUAAAUGGUCGAGCACAAGUUAACAAAUUUAAAGGCAGUCCGAAAACGUAACUUUUAAUUGAAGUUUUGCAAGAACUAAAUUGUGCCGGUGAAACGCUGUCUUUUUUCUAUACUUCAAGAGUACAUUGGCUGUUGCUUGAGGUGGCUAUAUCCAGUGUCCAACAUAAAAUAUCCUCGAUUAAGCCAAAUCCAUCACUAUUAUGUCCAAUGACAAUAAAUUCAACAUACCAAAAUUCAAUGAAUCCCAGCAAAACAUUGAAAUAAAAAACGACGUCGACUACAUGUCUUGCUUGUACAAUUCCAAAUCGCCAUCCGCCCGAACAAUUCUGAUUACAAAUAAUUACACACAAGCGAAUAAACAAAGUUCAACGCCCAACAAUAGCAGUUCCAUCACAAUAUUCACACAUAAUAACACCGAUCCGGAUGUGCCGACAAAUCUUCCGCUCGAUGGCAUAAAUAUAUUGAUCAACAAUCAUUUUAAUGAGCCACAAUCACCCAAAUCGAAUAUGCCAACAACUUUACUUCCAACACAGAAUGGAAGGGCUAAAGAUGUUGAAAUUUCGCUGAAAACCGAAUUGGAAGAUGAUGGACUUGAUGGCAAAACGUUCUUCACCGGCGACGAUGUGCUGGUUGUUCAGUCGAACGAUCAGUUGCGUUUGGGCAGUGUCAUCGAUGUGAUGAACAAUAAAUAUUUGGUAAAGUUUGGCGACAAUUCCGAUUGGGUACAAGCUGGCAAAUUGCAACGACUGGACAAACGUGAAGUGGACGCUCAAUGUAUUCUGUGUAAGGAAGUUAACGAUUUUGUGGACAAAUGCGAAAGGUGCGGACGCGGUUAUCAUAUGAAAUGUGCGGGUACUUUAAGUGGAAUAUGGUUUUGUAAAAGGCGUCAUAAGAAUAUAGUGAAGAUCGAAAGUGGCCUCAGCAGUGCUGUAUCGCUAACUAGUGUUUCAGAACUACCAUACGAUUUAAGUUCUCUCACAUGGAACCGCAGUCAUAAAAUCAAUGAUCAAGACACUUACUGCUAUUGCGGACGGUCCGGAUCAUGGUACAAGCAAAUGAUUCACUGCACCCGUUGUCGACAGUGGUUCCAUGGCGAUUGCGUCAAAGUUCUAAAACAGCCUCUGUACUGCGGCGACAGAUUCUACGUCUUUGUUUGCUCUAUUUGUAACCAUGGCACCGAGUAUUUGCAACGGCUACAAAUGAAAAUCGAAGAAGUAGUCGAACUGAUUCUAUUCAAUUUGACUGUUUAUCAGAAUAAACGUUUUUACGAUGUAUUGCGGGUCAUUGUACCAUAUGCUAGAGAUAAUUGGUCUGCGUUGCAAUUAUCGCCAAAUAUGAAGAACAUGAGCUUUGUGGACAUUCGUAAAGAAAUUAUUCGUGUUCUGAAUGGACAGAGUUCGAGGUUUGACUGUGGCCUAGACAAAACUGCAUUCGGCCUGAGAGUACGUAAGCCGCCAUCGUCGCCCACUGUUAUCCUACCAGCUGGUCCUAUUGUUACUGAAGAGUAUAUACGUGAACAAUGUAGGGAGAUUUUAUUAUUGCCAAAGAGUGCAUCGACUGACCACAUCGAAACCGAUUUGGAAAUGAAAACAUUUAUAACUGGCGAUGCAUACAAAAAAGAACUGAGCUUAACGGAUGACUAUGAAGACAACAAAUUCGAAUCGGACGACGAUAGUUCGAACAAAUUAGAUACAAAGUCACCGCCACAGAACACUAGUGACAUAUCAUCUAACAGUAACGACUGUAUGGUGUAUUCCGAUAGUAGAGAUGCAUCCGACGACAUUAAACCGGCGACGCAAAAGGCAUCGCGAAAACGAGGCCAGAAGCGUAUGACCAAACUGGCAAUGGAUGUGACCAAGGCAAUGGAUGUGAUCGAACUGCCCGAUAUAUGUGACGAUAAUUCCUCCGAUGAUAAUUCCAGCCGAAGUACAUUAGACUUAAUCAUACCACCGCCAAAAGAUUUUCAUGGAUUCAACAAUCCGUUCGUAAAUGAAAGUGCCAAACAAAGCACCACAGAUGUGACGCCGAAAGCGACAAGCGCAAAUCCGAAGACGAGCAGCAACGUGCCACCAUUAACACUAUUUGGUAAUACGAAUUUUACGCCUGCAAACAAUCAAAUUCGCUUUGUGAAUAUUGUGAAACGAAGACUAUGCGAAAAAGACAUUAUGAUCGGACCAAAUCAAGAAGUGAAGCGAAGGAAGUACAAACGCAGAUCGGGUAGUGGACCAGUUGAGGUAAUCAGUACGACACCAAUACACGCCUUUUCCAAAUCGUCGUCCUAUUUACCCAUUCGGACUGAUUUUAAAGACUUAUCACUAGCAAACAUUCGUUUGCAAACUAGUAAAGAAUCUUCAUCUUCAUCAUCAACCAGUACAUCUCAAGCGACAACACCGACUGAACAACUACCAUCAUUGGCAAUAAGCGCACAUGGCAGACGGUUGCGGAAACGGGACAAAACCAGUUAUUCGAAUAAGCUUCCGCGGCGUCUUUCAACUAGCAAUAAUUGUGCAACACCUGCAUCAUCCAGUAUAAAUGUGUCGAUACCGUCAACGUCGAAUGGCGCGCACAGCAGUUCGGAUGUAAUGAACGGCAUUAGUGACUUACACUCAUCGCUGAAUACAUUUUUCGGUGCGGCCAAUCGAAUUGCGGCUCGCGAAAAAGCCAUUAUUAGAGGAAAGCGAAUCUGUGCAAACGGUCGCACAGAAUAUCUUAUCGAAUGGGGUGAUUGCAUUUCAUAGUUUUCAAUAUUUUUAUAGAAACUAAAUCGUUCAGGGUUCUUCUGUUCUCUUUUGCGUGGAUAAUAAUGUUUGCCCCUUUUUUCGCUAUGGAUGCGAAUCGUAUUUUAGUUUAGCAAGACUUCGAAAUCUACUCUUCAUUCCAUAA